AUGCCUACGACAAUUGUGUUGCCAGCAGAGAUGACCUAUGUCGCGGCCUCCUUCUUGGCAACUGUAUGGGUGCUUAUUGGACAAACCUAUCUUGUUGUCAGAUAUCGAGGGCCAAGUGGUGUUGCUUAUCCCCGUUUAUAUGCAGAAAAGGCUGAAAUGGAAGCAAACCCCCAUGCUCAUGUUUUCAAUUGCAUCCAACGACUAUGGUUAGUCUUUCCCAGCAUUAACCUGUUGCAACUGCAGACACUAGAAUAUCUCCCCAUCUUUUUUACAACGUCGGUGAUGCUCCUCGUCCGCUCUUCUCUUUCUCAACUCAACAGAACGCUUUUGACAUCGCUCAAAUACCCCAGACUAGCGAGCUGCUUACUAGGAACGUGGGCUGCUGCACGAAUUGGCUUUACCAUUGGAUAUGCGACAGGCAACCCCCAGAAGGUCCGCACCUCCACUGUAACCCCUUCAGUCAAACUUGCCGACCUUUUGUUAGCGCCAGAAUAUCCUGAGCUUAUUACAUUAUCCGAUACUCUACACUCUACUGAUUACCUCGACGUUUACCGUUGUCCAACUACUAAUUCUUUAGAUGAUUUCCUUGUGGACUAA